AUGAAAGUGCCUACGCGAAUACCCCGCCAGCUGGCAUUGCCUCGCCCGCAAUUCGUCCGGCCCUUUCAUCAAAGCAUCGCCAGAGCCGCCAAUGUCGCUCCGAUAGUCGGCACUGGACCUCCCCCGGAUCCUCCCACGCCGGCAGCCCGAAACGCUCAGGAACGUUUGGAGCGGCGGAAGAAGCACGCUGAGCUGUUGAAGACGGCCAAGGAAGUGCGGAGCGCGCAGGACGGCAAGUCGAGCGGCGUGGCUAGGAGAUUCUGGAAGGAGGUGACUGUACGAGAGGUUGAUGGAGCAUUGCAAGUCCAUCUCGACGCCCGGCCCUUGCGACACCCCAAUACCAAGGCUAUUAUCCGAGUGCCGCUCUCCAAGCCGAACCUGGCCUCUGCGCUGGCCCUCGAAUGGGACAUCCUGACGUCUACCCAGCAAGCUACCAAGCAGCACCUCAUCCCACUCACCAGUCUCGUCUGCCGUGCUCUCGACAUUCUCGACGAUGACGCUUCCAACGCGCCCGAAGCCACAAAGAUCCGCACAGCCAUCACCCAUACUGUCCUGCGGUAUCUGGAUACAGACUCGCUGCUGUGCUGGGCGCCUCCCGCGGGCCCUCAUGAUAGGAGAAAUGACGCCGGGGAGAGCCUGAGGGACGUGCAGAAGAAGGCUGCGGAGGAGACAGUCAGCUAUCUGACGACCAACGUGUGGCCGGGCGUCACCAUCGAACCCGUGCUGGAUGGCCACUCCAUCAUGCCGAGGAAACAGAGCGAGGGCGUCCGAGAGGUCAUUCAGGGAUGGAUCAUGGGCCUCGAUGCCUGGGAGAUUGCCGGACUGGAAAGGGCAGUGCUUGCCGGCAAGAGCUUUGUCGCCGCAGCAAGAGUUGUCGCCGAAUGGAGCGAGGGCUCCGUGGGCACUGGCCAUGCCGUGCCAGUAGGACGCUUCAGCGUUGAACAUGCCUCCAAGGCUACGAGCUUGGAGGUGGAUUGGCAGGCCGAGCAAUGGGGCGAGGUGGAAGACACGCACGACGUGAACCAGGAAGACGUGAAGCGGCAGCUGGGCAGUGUGGUUCUGCUCGUAUCAGGCACUGGUAAGCAGCAUUACUGA